UUAAGGAAAAGUAAAACUGAAAAAAGUUGACCCGAUAAAAUCAUAAAUACUUGUAAUUAACGUGCCAAUUUUGCAAAUAAACUACUUUACAUAGAAAAGGGGAAAAAUAAUUUCUCUCUCUACUCUCACACUUCUCUCUCUCUCUCUACCCUCACCGUCUCCGGCGACGAUGCCGGCGCUGGAUUCUACAAUCGACGGGAUUGAUUUCCGAUACAGCUCUAGUAUUUUCUCUCAGCUGAAGGAUAUCCCGGCGGCCGCAUCUGUCGUGCCGGAAUGACGCCGCUUUAUCAGGGAAGAUCCUAUUAACUUGUUGCUCCUGGUUCGGAUCCGAAUCGAUGGCUCAAUUUCUAAUAUAAUUUGUAUGUUUUCCAGCUGGAAAGCUGAAUUUGUUGGAUUUGUUGUUGUUUUAUGUUUUUGUUUUAUUUCUUCAUAAAACCAGAAUAAGAAGCUGGGGGUAUACGGAUGGGGUUUCGCUGAUAAAUCGAAGUUUGAAUCUUUAUUGAAAUAGAUUUUGAUUCUCCUUUUUUUUUUUUUUUUUUUUUUCUUUCCAUGGAUUGGGAAUAAUUGAAAGCUUUCAAGUGUGAAUAUAGUUUUUAUUUAUAAUGUAGGGUGAAGAUAUUUUUAAAAGGAGAAGUAUUUCUUGACCUGAAACAAAAUUGAUGGGUAUAAUUGAUACAUGAUGAAUACCUGAUUUUGUGGGGAUGGAAAAAUAAAAAUGACUUAAAAAUAAUUUUGGUUUAUAACUGGGGUUUUGAAAUUUUGGGAUUCAAUUGAUUUGUUAAACCUAUUAGUGUGUGUGGUAUAGAAAGGGGCUAACAUGGAUUCCGAAGCCCGGGACUCAAAAAAGUUAAAGCUCUGUUCUUACAACACCAAUCUGACGAAUCUUGCUCGUUCGGUUGAAGAAGAAACCGAAACGAGUUCAAGAGGAGAAGGUGAAGAUGGUCGUGUUUUCGGAUCAAGUGAUUCCUUUCUCCCUGGCUUGCACGAUGACGUGGCUCUAACGUGUCUAGCUCGUGCUAGUAGAUCAGAUUACGCUUCUCUGUCCUGCCUAAACAUGAGAUUCUACACGCUUAUCAAAAGUGGCUACUUAUACGGAUUGAGAAGGCAAUUGGAUAUUGUGGAGCAUUGGGUCUACAUGGUAUGUGAUCCAAGGGGGUGGGAGGCAUUCGACCCCUUCCGAAACAAGUGGGCAAGACUUCCGAAAAUACCCUGCGAUGACUGUUUCAACUAUGCGGACAAAGAGUCACUAGCUGUGGGGAAUGAACUCCUAGUCUUCGGGCGCGAGUUGUUCGAAUUCGCAAUUUGGAAGUACAGUUUGACCAACCGCGAUUGGUCAAAGUGUGAAGGAAUGAACCGCCCCCGUUGCCUCUUUGCUUCGGGCAGUCUUCGCUCAAUAGCUAUUGUGGCAGGUGGGAGUGAUAAAAACGGGAAAAUCUUGAAAUCUGCAGAGCUCUACGAUUCUUUGACUGGGAAAUGGGAGAUGCUGCCUAGCAUGCACUCGCCACGUAGACUGUGCUCGGGGUUUUUCAUGGAUGGGAAGUUUUACGUGAUCGGUGGAAUGACGGGCCCUACAGAUUCGUUGACUUGUGCAGAGGAGUUUGACCUCAAGGCAAGAAAGUGGAGGAGAAUCGAGGGUAUGUACCCGAACGUGAAUCGAGCUGCUCAAGCUCCUCCACUCGUUGCUGUUGUAAAUAACGAGCUCUAUGCGGUUGAGUAUAUGACCAACAUGGUUAAGAGGUAUGAUAAGGGGAAGAACUCUUGGGUUGAGUUAGGGAGACUUCCGGUUAGGGCUGACUCAUCGAAUGGGUGGGGGCUUGCUUUCAAGUCUUGUGGGGAGAAUCUUCUUGUUGUGGGGGGGCAGAGGGGACCGGAAGGGGAAGCGAUCGUGUUGAAUUCUUGGUGUCCGAAAAAGGGGGUUAGAGACGGGGCGUUGGAUUGGGAGGUACUAGGUGUGAAGGAGCAUGCUGGUGUGUUUGUCUACAAUUGUGCUGUCAUGGGGUGCUGAAGGAGGGAAGAAAAAGAAACAGAAACAUAAACAGGUUUUUUAAUGCAUCUAUUGUGUUGUUGUAUUCGGUUUUAAGUUUGUUGUAUUAUCGUAUUUGUGUCGAACGGAUUUGUUAUUAUUGAAUUAUUCUCUUUUAAUUGUUGCAUAAUAGUUUUUUUUUUUUGGGUUUUAUGAGAUUCUGAAUCUUGUUUUGGUUUCGGAACUUUUCUGUUGUUCGUUUUCUCGGAUUUUCUGUGUUCGUCAUUCGCAUUUUAAAACUGCAUGAUUCAGAGACACUACUACUUUGCAGUUAACAUUGUAAAGUCUAGUGGUUUUUCUUAUGUUUUUCAACCUUGUAUUUGUAAUAAAAUGACUUUGACAUGGUUUUCAUGUUUU